ACUAAAAUGGAAGCUGGAGACGCAGAAUUUGAUUUCAAUGAAUUUACGACAAAAUUUCACAAACACUUUAAGCAGAGUGACAUAAAUCUUAAAGAAUUGUGCAUUACCAGAUCAGUGAUGAAGAUGGGCGACGCCUUCAAAAGCCUGCAGCAGCAAAUGCAAGAGGAUGCGGCUCAGACGACACCAACGAAGCAGCUGAGCUCAGUGGCUGAGUACGCCGAAUUCUUUAAAGUGCUCGACACCUAUCCCAGCAAUUUGCAACGUGCAACGACCCAAAAGAAGAGGGAGCUGCAACGCGUCAAUUCCUCGACACUGAAAAUCAAUGAUACACAGGAUCAGAGCAGUAUUAAUAAUAAUUCCACCGCUGCCUCGACGACUCUGAACAACACACGACCCGAGGAUGAACGGAAGGCAGCUGAAGUCUAUGCAGACUUUAAGAAAUUUCAGCAGAAACUGCGUGCUGUCUAUGAGGAGGCAGCUGCUCUCAAGCAAGCUCAAACGGCGCACAUGAACUGCAUAGCACAGCUGCAGCAGUUUGCUCAGCAACUGGAAAAGCUGUUGCCGUCAUGCGAGCGUGAAGCAACCGAUGCCUUCACAGCCAGCGAAGAAGCAAGCUUAGAAGCCAUUGCCGAGAAUCUGAAGCAACUCAAUUAUAUGCGUUCGCAAGGCCAACUCGCUCAGGUGACAAACUGCAACGAGUCCGCCCUGGCACGCGUGGAAAUCCUGGUUGAAGUGCUCUCUUACACGCUCAUGAAAAUGACUGCGGCUUAAUAAAAUAUUAAUGGAAUAUAUUAAA